AUGGCUCCUCAAACCGAGGUUGUUGACUAUGGAGCCUUUGUGGCUGACGACUUCACCAAGUGGUCAGCGGGUUGGACCUGGACAUGGAAUUCUCAGAAGGUGGACCCUAGAGACAGCAGCACAACUCCCAAAUCUCGCGGUUUGAGUGGUGACUGCAAACCCCAAGGGGAGCAGACUCCACAGCUCUCACCCCGGGAAGCCUACAUUGCUUCUAUCUCCGCAGCGGUUCCACCUGCCGGGCUCUCUCCUCCACCGAUACUGCCAGUCAAGCCACUCUUCACAACCGAAUAUUUCGAGGUUCGGCCCUCCCCAAAAGGCGGACUUGGAGCUUUCGCCACCAGAGAGAUUCCCUGCGGAACUGUGAUACACAGAGAGCAAGCAUUAUUCACCGGCACCUCGAUGGAAGUAUUCUACCUAUACGAGCAGCUCUCACCAGACCAGCGACGGGAAUAUUUGGGCUUGCACGAGUUCAAGGGAGUAGGCGGGCACAAAAUCCUAUCGAUUUUCAAGACCAACCGGUUUGAGUUCAAGGGUUGCGAAGGCGCUAUCUUCCUCAAAUCUUCCCGGUUCAAUCACGCGUGCCACCCUCAUUCUACGUGCACGUAUACGGUGAAUAGGAAGGAGAAGACAAUCAAGAUCACGGCGCUUUUUGAUAUCAAGGAAGGCCAGGAGAUUACUAUUAGUUAUGGUCCUUACCCGGCGAAUCUGCCUUGGGCGUACGGCUUCUACUGUGAUUGUCCUAGUUGCCCGCCGCCUGCGGUUGCCGAAGAGGAAGCGAAGAUGUUGAGAGGGCCGGGAUAAGGAGCUGAGGUUUUGCACUUAGUUGGAAGUUUGGGAGUGGUCAAUGAAUGGGAGUGGAAGACUCGGAUGCGCAUAUGAUUGUGGCUCAAGCGGAGUUUAUGAGAUUCAGAGCAGUGAUAUUCCUUUGCAGUAAUUGGG